UAAAGAAGAAAAACAAAAGCAGAUGGAGAAAAAUAGAAAAAGUAGGCAAAAAAAAAAAAAAAAAUACAUAUCUGCGUUAUGUAGGCGCGCAUACAGAUGGUUUUGGGGCAUUCUUCCAUCUCAAUACCGUUCUCCCCUCCCUUUUCGGAUCUAUCAAUUUCUCAAUCUAAUUUACAAGCUUCCUCACACCCUUCUUCCCCACACUUCCCAUCUUCCGCUCUCCACACCCACUCUAUACUGUCUAUUUGGGAUGCAUUGUGAUCAAAGUUGGACACAAAUUCUUCACUUUCAUGUGAUUUUGUUGGCUCAGUUUCCAGGGUUUUGAGUUGAUUGAUUGAUUCAUUGUUCGGCUUCCGAUAUUGAAUCCUUUUUGAGGCUCUGGGGAGCUACAUUUUGAAUGUUCAAGAAGCCUUAGGGGGAAGACGAAAUAGCUGCUUUUAGGAUCAUUUAGGACCAGGAUUCUUUAAUUAUGUUCAACAAAAUUAGAAAAAGAGGGCAUCGCAAGGCCUCGAAAUCAGAAGGUGCUGAGCCUCCGAUACCUACCACAAAUUCAUCCCCCAAUCCUGACGUCACUGUUAAUCAUGCUUCUGUUACCGCAGUCAACCCAUCACAGCCUCUGACUCUUGCCGGCCUUACACACAAUUCUGGAGGGAUUGAAGUACUACCUUUGUUGAAAGAAGUUCCGCUUUUGGAUAGGCAUGUUUUGUUUAUUAAAAAGCUCCAAAUAUGUUGCAAUUCCUUUGAUUUUACGGAUACUUUAAAGAAUGCCCGUGAAAAAGAGAUUAAGAGGCAAACCCUCUCGGAGCUUGUCGAUUUAGUGCAAUCGGGUUCUUGUAAAAUGAACGAAAUUAUGCAGGAAGGGUUAGUCAAGAUGAUAUCCAUAAAUAUUUUCCGCUGUUUGCCUCCAGCUUUACAUGAGAACAAGGGGGCUGAAAGUGGUGAUCCAGAUGAAGAUGAAAUGUAUCUAGACCCAUCUUGGCCUCACUUGCAAAUUGUGUAUGAGUUGCUCCUCAGAUAUGUAGUAUCACCUGAUAUGGACACCAAGAUUGCCAAGCGCUAUCUUGAUCAUUCUUUUGUGUUGAAGCUACUUGAUUUAUUUGAUUCUGAGGAUCCUAGAGAACGCGAGUAUUUGAAAACUAUUCUCCACCGUAUCUAUGGGAAAUUUAUGGUCCACCGCCCAUUUAUAAGGAAAGCGAUAAAUGAUGUUUUUUAUCGGUUCAUCUUUGAGACCGAGAGGCACAGUGGAAUUUGUGAGUUGUUGGAGAUUCUAGGGAGUAUCAUAAAUGGUUUUGCACUGCCAAUGAAAGAAGAGCAUAAGUUGUUCCUUGUACGGGCACUAAUUCCAUUGCACAAAACCAAGUGUGUUGCUUCGUAUCAUCAACAGUUGUCCUAUUGCAUCACGCAAUUUGUUGAAAAAGAUUACAGGUUAGCAGAUAUUGUCAUAAAGGGGCUGCUGAAGUACUGGCCAGUGACCAACUGUGGCAAGGAAGUUCUUUUUCUUGGAGAACUAGAAGAAAUACUGGAGGCCACUCAGUCUGAGGAAUUCCAGCGAUGUAUGGUGCCUCUAUUUAGACAAAUUGCUCGAAGUAUCAAUAGCUCACACUUUCAGGUUUGUGUUAACUCUUGACUAUAUGUAUUUUAAUCAGUUCCAUUUAUUUGGUCUUGAUGCCCACAUGUUAGCUUAGAAUUUUAGACUCGCCUAUUAAGGAUUUCUGAGGAGAACAAUAUGGAAUUACCUACCAGUGAUAAGAGUGGUUUUGGAGGGCACUGUGCGGAUUUUGUUGGAAAAUCAUUCAAAAGUUGAAAUUUGUUAUAAUCUGUGAAAAAGGGCCAUUGAUAUCUCUGGAAAUUGUUGCAUGGUUGGAAAUUGUAUGGUUUGUGACAUGUAACAUAUGUUUAAAACAAGUUCUUUACUUGUGUAUGGUUAGUCUCUGUUGGUGAGGGUGGCCAUGUCUGAUGUUACAGUAUUCGUGACAGUUAGGUGUUUGUUAGUGUAUUUGUGGCAGAUAGGUGUUUACUAGUGUAUUGAUGGCUACCUCAAUUACUUGAAUAGAUUUGUUUUAAAACCCAAAAACUGCUCUCUGUUAACAUUUUCUUGUGAGUUUUAGUACUGCACAAGUAGUUUCUAUAAUUUGAUCGACUAAUCCUUAAGAUUGGAAUGGAUGAAAGAUCAAAUGACUUGGUAAUUCUUUUUGCAUUCAUUCAAUGCAGGACUGAUUGAAGAUAUUAAUCUUAUUCGAACGAUGUGAAAACUGAUAGCUAAUUUUUAAUGCCUUAUGCUGUAUCUUUUUCACGGCUGACAAGCUAAUGAUAUUUGCUGGUUGGUACUGGUAAUUGCUGGAAAACAAAAUGGGCAUUUGUUAAGCAUUUUGGAAUACACUGUUAUAAGGUUAAGUGGCAGAUAGUUAAUUAUCUGUUAUUUGCUUCAGUGUCCGGUUGAGAUCAGAUCCUUUGGUUUGUGUUUAACUUGGCAUGUAGUCUCCCUACAAUAGUUGGAAACUUUUUUUCACAUGCAAAUCUAAAAAUGUUCUGGUUCGUGCAUGACAAAAUCUUGAAAGCUAAUGUCCAUAUUUUCACUUCAUGAAUCUGAGAUUUUACAGGCCCUAUGGCCUGACAAUUUAUUUCCAUUGACCUAGAUCUUAUAUGGUUUCAGACUUUCAGUUUGUAUCUAAGGUUUUCUUUUCGGGCAUUGGAUGAAUGUACUUCAUAUUUAGUUAUUGCUGUAGUAGUUUGAGAAUUACUGUUUAUCAUAAAGAUUUUCAUGCUAAGGCACAUUGCAGGUUGCUGAACGUGCCCUUUUCUGGUGGAACAAUGAGCACAUAGUGAGCUUGAUUGCUGAAAAUCGACAUACUAUCCUGCCUAUAAUCUUUGAAGCUUUGGAAAAUAAUAUAAACUGCCACUGGAACCAGGCAAUCAAUGGGCUGUCGUCCAAUGUUCGUAGGAUGUUCCUGGAGAUGGAUGCCGAGCUUUUUGAAGAAUGCCAAAGGCAAUACGAAGAGAAGGUAGCUGGAGCUGGGAAGCUCAAGGAACAAAGGAUGUUGAAUUGGAAGAGAUUGGAAGAGGCUGCUGCGAAUGGAACUUGACAACAUACAAAUUGCUGUUUGGCUAACAGCUCUACUGAACGGGGAAGAUGUGAUUGAAAAAACUAACCAAGGUAUCUGUAGAUUUCCACUUCAGCACAGAAAAUAUGGAGAAGAUCAAGGCAACAAUGCGUAAGUCCUUUGGUAUUGCUGAUGUGCAGUAAUUAUCCUGAAAAUGAACAAGUUUUGGUAUCUGCCUUUUUGGCUGUGGUUUGUCAGCGUCGAGGGUGGGAAAGUUGGACCCAAAUCCAAAUCCUCUUCCUUCCUUUCUGCUAAAUUUUUUAAUUUCAUUAUAGCUUGUGAGGUUUUUUUUAAUAUCCCUUUCUAGCUACCAGUUUUCAUUUGGCGUUUUCAAUUUUGAUAUAAGGAUUAUGAGAAUAUUUUUUGCUAGUAGUUUGUGCCCUUUCUUUUGCCCUUCUGUCAAGGGAGUCCAUUUUGUAGUUUUUACACUUUUAACAAAAAUGGCUCUAUUUUAGACAUGAUAGUAAGUAUUUAUUUGUUCAGUGGGGAUGUCUUUGUCAACUUUCUUUGCUACAGCAAGACCGCACGAUAUGAAAACAUAUAUAAGGAAAAAUGACAUAUAUAUAUAUAUAUAU